GAAGAGAGGAAGAAGAAGCAAUCGCCAUGGCAUCUGCUUCUUCUUCUUCUUCUUCUUCUCUUCAUCUUCGUCAUCUCUCCUCCUCCUCCUCCUCCUCCUACCAUCCAAACCCAAGCUCCCACACCUGCAAGCACUCACCUGCUGUCAUUCUCGACUUCCUCUUCCUCUUCCUCAUCCUCUUCUCCUCCACCUUCCUCAUCUUCUCCUUCCUCUCCUACCUUUUCCACUUCCUCUCCUUCUUCCUCCCCUCCAUCUCCAUCUCCAUCUCCUUCUCCUACCCCUUCCGUUCCCUCUCCUACCUUCUCCCUUCUUUCUCCUUCUCCUACCUCUUCCGCUCCCUCUACCUCACCGCUGCCACCCCUAUCACCUUCCUCCUCCUCCUUGUCCUCCUCCUCCUAGUCCUUGUUAUCCUCUUUGUCGGCCUCUCUUUCGUCGCCACCCGCGCCCGAUCCCGUCGCCGCUGCGGCAACCCCUACUGCGAGGGCCUCAAGCAGGCACCCGAGUUGGACAUCCUGCUCCAGAGCGAGGACGAUAUCAGGAACUUCUCGCCGGACGCCGCCUGGCGGGCGAUCGAACAGCUGCCGUGGAUGGGCGGCCAAGGCGGUAACAACCCCGAUUAUGAGUGCCUUAGAGCUGAGCUUCGCCGCAGGGUCCCUCCCAACGGCCGCGCUGUCAUGCUCUGCCGAUUGUCCUGUGGCUGCGCUGUCUCCAAGCUUGUGGCCUGGGGCCGUAAACGCCCUCGCAGAACUAGGGAGUGAGUCUUCUU